AUGGAGAUAAGCGGAAAAAGUAGUUUAUGUUUAGCAUUAUUACGUAUUAUUGAACCGACCAGUGGCUCAAUAGUCAUUGAUAAUGUCGACAUUAGUACAAUUGGUUUACAUGAUUUACGAUCAAAGAUCACUAUUGUCCCACAAGAUGCGGUUAUUUUUGCUGGUAGUAUAAGAUUCAAUCUUGAUCCAUUUGGUCAUUACAGUGAUACAGAAAUUUGGUCAGCGGUGGAAUUAGUACACUUGAAAGAUUGUUUGAUCAAAAGGGGAAAUGAUUUAUCAUAUAUGUUAGCAGAAGGUGGUCAAAACAUGAGUGCUGGUGAAAGACAACUAUUAUGUUUAGCUCGAGCUAUUUUGAGGAAAAGUAAAAUAUUUAUACUUGAUGAAGCAACUGCUGCGAUUGAUAUGGAAACAGAUCGACUUAUUCAAUUGACAAUUCGAUCAGCGUUAAAAAAUGCAACUGUUAUAACAAUUGCUCAUCGAUUACAUACAAUUUUAGAUAGUACUAAAAUUAUUGUUUUAUCCAAUGGUUAUAUCCAAGAAUAUGAUCAACCAAAUCGUUUAGCUGCAAAUCCAAAUUCAGCAUUCACAAAACUAUUACACGAUGCUAAUAUUCACCCAUCAGAUAUCACUUCUGUUCUUACAUAA